AUGGGAGGCGUCGUCGAUAAUCGGCUGAAGGUCUAUGGAACUACUAAUGUACGAGUCGUCGAUGCUACCAUCCAGCCUAUGCAGCUCUCCGGAAAUCUCAUGGCCAAUCUCUAUGCUAUUGCGGAGUGGGUGUCGGAUACGACCAAGGAAACUGAAAACUAG